UGUCAGUUCAGUCAAAUGAUAAUGUUGUGAUGUGUAUAAAUUGUAUGCAGUUGCAUUGAUAUCGUUAAAUUUAUUUAAAUCUCAUAUUAUACUUUACCUGUUUAAAUUACCAAGUGUUAUACCGAAACAAUGUUAGAGUCUCGAAAAUUGUUAUCGUUAAAGGUGUAAAUCCAUUAAAUAUGUCGGUCAGGGAUAAAUGGGUACGCCGGUUUUCUAUUGACGAAACAGCAAAACAUAAAAAUGGCUUCACUAUCUACAAGAUCACAUCUGUUCUGUUCCCACUAGAGUCUCCGGAGGCAGUAACGGUGGUGUCGGUAUGGAAGCGCUACAGCGACGUGCAGCGCCUGCACAAGGCCAUGAGCUCGCUGCACGCCGGCCUGCACCUGCGCGGCGCCUUCCCCGCGCUGGCCAAGAGCAGCUACUUCAAGAGAUUCCACCCGGAGGUGAUAGAAGAAAGGGCGAAAACUAUAAAAGUGUUAAUGGAGUUUGUGGCAGAGCACCGCCUGCUGUUCACUAGCACAGACUUUGUUAACUUCUUACAGACGGGCUACCCGGCGCCCGAGGCGGCGGGAGGCGUCAUUAACGCCAUCCGCUCGUCGCUGCAGCUGCCCAUCGAGGACGCGCCGCCGCUGGAGUACCAGACGUCGGACGACGAGGCCAAGACGCCUAGCGUUCACCUACCGCAGUCUCCACAACGCACCACAGACAGCCAAGCAGACAUAGACAACAUAGACGUAUCGCAGAUACCAAUAUACGAGGCGGCGGACGUCGAAAUCCGAGAGUCUCCCAAAACUACCGAGCCACUUAGCAACUCCAACAGCUUCGAAUCCAUAAAUUCGCUUGAGAGCUUGGGGAGCGACCUCUUCGAGGAGUUGAAUAAAGUGGCCAUAGACAACAAAAAGUCGUUUGUGAAAAAGAAUGUUCUACCAGAUUUGAUACUGUUCGACGCGCCCUCUACCUCGUCGUUUGAAGACUACCACACUAUGCGCAAUACGGACGCGGAAACUAUGUCUUUGAACUCUUCUAUCAACGAUCCUUCGAGUUCCACCUACGAUGACUCCCGCAGAAGCAGUUCCAGGGUCUCCUUGUACAGCAGGAGAAGUGUCCUGUCCGUGUCAAACGUGGAGAACAAGUCAAAGACGGAGGACAGCUACAUCUUCGAGGCGGGCUACAUGCUGAACCUGGCGGCGCGCUGCGAGGACAUGGGGGACCACCAGAGAGCGUUCGAGUGCUAUAAAUCCGGGAUUGAGAAGAUGCUGAUUGGAGUGCAGAGCGACUCGGACCAGCAGCGGCGCGCGCUGGUGAAGCAGAAGACCAACAAGUACCUGGCGUACGCGGAGGCCAUCUACAGGCAACACCUCAGCCGCCCCGACCACGCCCUGCUGCUGGAGCGGGACGACGGCGCGCCGGCGCGCGUGCACUGCUCGCUGCCGCUGUCGAUGCUGCGUAAGCCGUACGAGGAGCUGGCGCUGUACCGCGUGCUGGCCGUGCUGGGCUCCAGCAUGAUGCUGGUGCUGCAUAAGACCGACCACACUUGCUACGCCAUGAAGGUAAUCCAAAAAAUACCUAACAACUUGACGGAAUUUGACGACUACUUCCAACAAAGGAUUGAGGAGACCCGACAACCGAUACUGCCCACCGUUAUACCUUACAUGGUGCCCCUUCACGCGUACGUCGAGACCAACAACCUACUGUUCCUCAUACUCGCCUACGCGCCGGGCGAGAGAUUGUUCGAUUACAUCAAGAACUACGCUAAAUCGAUACCUAACACUCCAGCGAGAGAGCUCAACUUGGAGAACGUGUUCGCUGAACCCAAGAAAAAUAAAAUCGAUAUCCGUAACGAUAACGAUUCAAUCGAUGUUAUCGACGCUAACGUUAAUAUUGCGACGAGAGUUACCAGAUCGGACAGUCGCCAUAAACUCGAUCUCACUGAUGCCAAUGUUAAUGCUGUCCUGAAUAAUAUCGAAUCAGUUCCACAAUCAGAUAGUACUGGAAUUGAUGUUUUAAGCGAUAUAAAUAAGAAUGUAGGUAAGACUGAUAGUUUAGAUAAUAUGGAAGUGUCGGAGUUGGUGAUGAAUUCGCAAAAGUUGUUGUUAAACGUUGAUAAAGCGCUGACUGAUGUGCCCAAGAUAUGCAAGAUGGAAGAGGAAGCUGACGUCGCGGCGGCGGUCGAGGAACAAGAAGCGGCGAUGAUCAGAGAGACGGAUAGAAGAGAUGACAGGGUUGAAACUAUGAGUCUUGCGAGAGUGUGGCCAGCGAGCGGGCGGCGCGACGUGCUGCCGCCGUCGGGCGUGUGCCUGUGGGGCGCGCAGAUCCUCACCGCUCUCGAGAGCCUGCACAACGCCGGCGUCAUCUGCAGGUCACUAUACAUAUGAGUAGGUCGCAGUGGCCACUGCCCUUCGGCAGGUGUGGCCAGCGAGCGGGCGGCGCGACGUGCUGCCGCCGUCGGGCGUGUGCCUGUGGGGCGCGCAGAUCCUCACCGCUCUCGAGAGCCUGCACAACGCCGGCGUCAUCUGCAGGUCACUAUACAUAUGAGUAGGUCGCAGUGGCCACUGCCCUUCGGCAGGUGUGGCCAGCGAGCGGGCGGCGCGACGUGCUGCCGCCGUCGGGCGUGUGCCUGUGGGGCGCGCAGAUCCUCACCGCUCUCGAGAGCCUGCACAACGCCGGCGUCAUCUGCAGGUCACUAUACAUAUGAGUAGGUCGCAGUGGCCACUG